AUGUACUCACUUUUAAGUUAUAUUUCAGUACCAAGUUAUGUAGUGAGAGACUCUGAGUUGAAAGCUUCUAAAGAGAAUCGUGGUCUUAUGGAGUUCAAGUAUUCAUGCGUCGGUUACUCAGUGCACCUGGAGAAAAAAGAUACUUCAACUGAUCCACAAGAGAAACAAGCUGAAUUACCAUUCUGUGUUGGUAUUGAGUUUUUGAUGGGGACAAGACCCGCAAAUGCUGAAGUUCCUUCCCGUGUUCACAAGAGGGAAGAUGGUGAGACUGUCCCACAACCUCGAACCUACGCACCGGCACAUUCUCCUUGGGAUGAGUUUGUGAGCAGGUUUGGAAGGAAUGCAGGCGUGGUUGCAUUUGGCGUGGCUAAGAAUGCGUCUAAAGUGGGCAAUCGCAUAAAAAACAGCCUGGACAACAUUCUGUAUCCUUACCGAAGGAGACCCAAGUAG